AGCAAGUGGGCGGGCGUCCCAUCCUCCGCAUCCUCCUCCAGGUCCUGGCGCACAGGGUGGGAGCGCUGCGCUGCGCCGCGCUGCGCAUCGCGGCCCGCUUGCCGCCUGCCCCCUGCCCUAGCUGGGCCACCUCCCCGGGCUGCCGGUGGAGGGCUAAGAGGCGCUAACGUUACGCUGUUUCCGGUUUUCCAGCGGGCUCUGUUUCCCCUCCCAAAGCGGCGGCGGCUGAGCGGCGGAGCCCCCCAAAUGGCCUGGCCAGAUGCGGCAGGUUUGCUGCUCAGCGCUGCCGCCGCCGCCACUGGAGAAGGGUCGGUGCAGCAGCUACAGCGACAGCAGCAGCAGCAGCGAGAGGAGCAGCAACAGCAGCAGCAGCAGCAGCGAGAACGGCAGCAGCAGCAGGAGCAGCAGCAACAACAGCAGCAUCUCUCGUCCCGCUGCGCCCCCAGAGCCGCGGCCGCAGAAACAGCCGCAGCCCCGCAGCCCCGCAGCCCGGAGAGCCGCCGCCCGUUCGCGAGCCGCAGCCGCCGGCGGCAUGAGGCGCGACCCGGCCCCCGGCUUCUCCAUGCUGCUCUUCGGUGUGUCGCUCGCCUGCUACUCGCCCAGCCUCAAGUCAGUGCAGGACCAGGCGUACAAGGCACCCGUGGUGGUGGAGGGCAAGGUACAGGGGCUGGCCCCAGCCGGCGGCUCCAGCUCCAACAGCACCCGAGAGCCGCCCGCCUCGGGUCGGGUGGCGUUGGUAAAGGUGCUGGACAAGUGGCCGCUCCGGAGCGGGGGGCUGCAGCGCGAGCAGGUGAUCAGCGUGGGCUCCUGUGCGCCGCUCGAAAGGAACCAGCGCUACAUCUUUUUCCUGGAGCCCACGGAACAGCCCUUAGUCUUUAAGACGGCCUUUGCCCCUCUCGAUACCAACGGCAAAAAUCUCAAGAAAGAGGUGGGCAAGAUCCUGUGCACUGACUGCGCCACCCGGCCCAAGUUGAAGAAGAUGAAGAGCCAGACGGGACAGGUGGGUGAGAAGCAAUCGCUGAAGUGUGAGGCAGCAGCCGGUAAUCCCCAGCCUUCCUACCGUUGGUUCAAGGAUGGCAAGGAGCUCAACCGCAGCCGAGACAUUCGCAUCAAAUAUGGCAAUGGCAGAAAGAACUCACGACUACAGUUCAACAAGGUGAAGGUGGAGGACGCUGGGGAGUAUGUCUGCGAGGCCGAGAACAUCCUGGGGAAGGACACCGUCCGGGGCCGGCUUUACGUCAACAGCGUGAGCACCACCCUGUCAUCCUGGUCGGGGCAUGCCCGGAAGUGCAACGAGACAGCCAAGUCCUAUUGUGUCAAUGGAGGCGUCUGCUACUACAUCGAGGGCAUCAAUCAGCUCUCCUGCAAGUGUCCUGUGGGAUACACCGGGGACAGGUGUCAGCAGUUCGCAAUGGUCAACUUCUCCAAGCACCUUGGAUUUGAAUUAAAGGAAGCCGAGGAGCUGUACCAGAAGAGAGUCCUGACCAUCACGGGCAUCUGCGUGGCUCUGCUGGUCGUGGGCAUCGUCUGUGUGGUAGCCUACUGCAAGACCAAAAAACAGCGGAAGCAGAUGCACAACCACCUCCGGCAGAACAUGUGCCCGGCCCAUCAGAACCGGAGCUUGGCCAAUGGGCCCAGCCACCCCCGGCUGGACCCAGAGGAGAUCCAGAUGGCAGAUUAUAUUUCCAAGAACGUGCCAGCCACAGACCAUGUCAUCAGGAGAGAAACUGAGACCACCUUCUCUGGGAGCCACUCCUGUUCUCCUUCUCACCACUGCUCCACAGCCACACCCACCUCCAGCCACAGACAUGAGAGCCACACGUGGAGCCUGGAACGUUCUGAGAGCCUGACUUCUGACUCCCAGUCGGGGAUCAUGCUAUCAUCAGUGGGUACCAGCAAAUGCAACAGCCCAGCAUGUGUGGAGGCCCGGGCAAGGCGGGCAGCAGCCCACAACCUGGAGGAGCGGCGCAGGGCCACCGCGCCACCCUAUCAUGAUUCCGUGGACUCCCUUCGCGACUCCCCACACAGUGAGAGGUACGUGUCGGCCCUGACCACGCCCGCGCGCCUCUCGCCCGUGGACUUCCACUACUCGCUGGCGACGCAGGUGCCAACUUUCGAGAUCACGUCCCCCAACUCGGCGCACGCCGUGUCGCUGCCGCCGGCGGCACCCAUCAGUUACCGCCUGGCCGAGCAGCAGCCGUUACUGCGGCACCCGGCGCCCCCCGGCCCGGGACCCGGGCCCGGGCCCGGCGCAGACAUGCAGCGCAGCUACGACAGCUACUAUUACCCCGCGGCGGGGCCCGGACCGCGGCGCGGGACCUGCGCGCUCGGCGGUAGCCUGGGCAGCCUGCCCGCCAGCCCCUUCCGCAUCCCGGAGGACGACGAGUACGAGACCACGCAGGAGUGCGCGCCCCCGCCGCCGCCGCGGCCGCGCGCGCGCGGUGCGUCCCGCAGGACGUCGGCGGGGCCCCGGCGCUGGCGCCGCUCGCGCCUCAAUGGGCUGGCGGCGCAGCGCGCACGGGCGGCGCGGGACUCGCUGUCGCUGAGCAGCGGCUCGGGCGGCGGCUCGGCAUCGGCGUCGGACGACGACGCGGACGACGCGGACGGGGCGCUGGCGGCCGAGAGCACGCCUUUCCUGGGCCUGCGCGGGGCGCACGACGCGCUGCGCUCGGACUCGCCGCCACUGUGCCCGGCGGCCGACAGCAGGACUUACUACUCCCUGGACAGCCACAGCACGCGGGCCAGCAGCAGACACAGCCGCGGGCCGCCCCCGCGGGCCAAGCAGGACUCGGCGCCACUCUAGAGCCCCGCCGCGCGCCCCUCCGCCUCGCCCGCCCCACUAUCUUUAAGGAGACCAGAGACCACCUACUGGAGAGAAAGGGGGAAAAAAGAAAUAAAAAUAUUUUUAUUUUCUAUAAAAGGAAAAAAGUAUAACAAAAUGUUUUAUUUUCAUUUUAGCAAAAAUUGUCUUAUAAUACUAGCUAACGGCAAAGACGUUUUUAUAGGGAAACUAUUUAUAUGUAACAUCCUGAUUUACAGCUUCCGAAAAAAAAAGAAACAAAAAAAAAGAGAGAUGGGCCAAUUUUUUGACUCUUUAAUAGAAACCUAUUUUGUGGUGCCUUUUGCUGUACGCUCAUCUGGGGCUCCAGGGGACAGGUCUGGGUGGUGGGAUGCUGAGAGUGACAGCAGGGAGAGAAGAGGCUGCGGGUUCUGGUGGGGGCGAGGGUGGGAGGCGGUGGGGGUUGGCCCUAAGGAAGAACUGAGGACAGAGUAGCUUUGCUCCCAGGCAAGAGCUGAAGUUCCCGCCCCCUGGGAGGAGAGGGCCAGGACCCUAGGCUUGGAGCUGGAGCUGGGGUAACUUCCAGGGGGAGAUAAAGACACAGCUACCCGAAUGGGGAAGCCCUGGCUACUCACAGCUGUUAAAAGAGGGGGGCAGAGAAAGGUCUCCCCAAGAGCCUGAGCCCAGGGAGGUGGCAGCUCUGCCAGGGGCCCAAUAUUGGCGGCUCCUGUCCCCCACAGCCUCCAGGACGCCCCUCCGUCCUCUGCAGCACCUUCGUUUACAGGUCGUCUUUUCUAUUUUACACCUGCAUGUCCUUUGCAUUUCAGAUUCUUUAGAUUGGAUGCAUGGUCACGCUGGGACCGAGAAGAGCCACUCGACAGUGUAUUCCCCUUUUAGCAAUAAAGUAACACCAUUUCCUUCUCACAGGCUGCCUCCUAGCCCCCAACCCACCUAUGACAUCCACUCGUCUCCAGUCCUGCCCUCCCACCCCCAAAAACUGGGUCCACUGCUAAUUUGUCAAAAAGGUAAUUGUUUAAAAAAAAAAAAUCCCAAACAGAAACAGAUGGGAAUCCUGUCCUGAAAUGUCUGAACACCUGACUGUUGACACUUGAACAUUUUUAUAUUAUAAAUAAAAUCAGAAAUAACUCCUGUUUGACUGUGUGUGCCUAGCCUCAGAUGAGGAGGGAAGUCAGAGCACGAAGUCCCAUGGUGGAUGUGGAUGAUGCUGGCCUGGAGGUUGGAGGGGGCCAAGGCAGUCCCUGGAAGGAAGUGACCCUGUCUCCAGUCUCUCUGGCCCCAGCUCCCAGGACAGACUCCAGCCCUCCUCCCGCUUCCAAGAAUAUUUACAAGGUGUCCCCACUGGCUGCUGGGGAACCUGGCCAAGGGACUGACACAAAUUGCUCUGCUUCAAACUCAGCGUUGGAACUCUGGCCCAGUUCCUGCCCUGGAUCUGUGG